AUGCAAAAUGGAAGUGUGGUGCUGUCUCACGAUGAUGAUGAUGUCAUUUAUUGUUAUUGUUCCCCUCUCCAGUUGGGGAAGGUGUACGGUAUUGAGUCCCACGUCCUGUCCCCCGCUGAGACCAAAGACCUGUACCCUCUGAUGAACGUAGACGACCUCUAUGGCACGCUGUACGUUCCCAAGGAUGGCACCAUGGACCCCGCUGGCACCUGUACCACCCUGUCCAGGGCAGCCACUGCCCGUGGUGCCACGGUAAAGAUAACACGCGCAUGCAUGCUUACACACACACAGACAUGUGACAACUCCACCAGUCAUACUUAUGAUAUAAUUUACAAAGAUUAUACCCUUUUUAAUAUACCGAAGGGGGGCCAGUAUGAAAAUGUAUGCACUCAAUAAAAAAACUAAGUCGCUCUGGAUAAGAGCGUCUGCUAAAUGAUGUUGGUUUCUCCCGUGGGAGACCAGGGUGACACACACACACAAAUAUGCCAAGUUACAUAAGCAUUACAUGGCUUGAGUACUGACAAUUAUUUGCUUAAUUAUUCCCUUCCCACUUGUGUACUAAUGAAGAUGCUAAAGAUGGAAACAUUAUCUUGACACCGGCGUACAGUUGCACCUUAAUGGCCAGUAAAAUACAUUGAGUGGGCUAUAAACCUGCAGUUCCUAAAGAUAACAAUGUUUUUUUUCUAGACAGCUCAGAGGCAGAGCAUUCUAGUUUCUGUCCAGUCUGUGUUAUGUAGUGUAGUGAGGUCAGUGAACCCUGAGCAUUAACUCGGCAGGGUCCAGUCCACUGUUCCACAUUAUCUUUCCUGCUAUUAGUGAUACUAAUGAAUAUUAGACAGUAAAACAUUUAGAUAAAGCUCUAUAGUGCUGUUGUUAUGUCUGGCCCAACUGCCAGCUCCUUGUUAGAUACUGAGUGGUGUUAUGACCAGCGAUAGAUACCACGCUAUGGCACUUUAUACUUUGUUGGCACUACUGUUGGCAUUGCUCCUGUAACACCCACUCUCAAUGGCACAAAAAGCUCCUGAAGAAUGAAUCUCUAUGCUAUUAUGGUUUUACCAUAUAACUACUGUGUGAUUUGUAUGUUAUAACCAAUGUACCCUCUAAGCUGCGUAGCUCCCCAGAGACUGCCGUGCAGAAGAAAAAUCAGCCCGCGCAGAGAAGCACGAGAUUUAACUUCACUCAACUUUAUAGAGUUUUCCCCGUUAGUUAACACUAUCAUCGUUUCCCUUUACUUGUGGAAUUGUGAUCGAAUCAAUGCAAUAUUAGCCACUUUCAAUGCAACAUACCGAAACAAAACGAAACUAUGCGAGACUUAGUAUGCAAAACUAGCUAUGCAAGAGAUUUUGUUGAAGGCAGAGCGUAUCGGAGUAGGAUUCUAUUGUAUUAUCAGGCACGACUCAGGCCCGUACUCUACACAGACCGGUGCGCCAUAACCAAUCAGAGCUGCAGUAGGCCUAUAUGCAAAUACACCAUUGCCAUAUAUGGAUUUGUGCCAUUUACUUUGAACUGGACUGUUUUACAGCAUGAGCUGUCGUGAUUAUUAUGCACUUGUUUAGAGAUCAAAGCAAGAGCUGCAUGUAGCCACGUGUGUACAUUUGUUCAUAUUCUUUGCUAGUUAGUGAGUUAUUAGCCCAGUUAUAGCUAAUUUGUAGUCAGCAAUGUGGGAGUGAUUGCUUCCUACAAGAGCACAAAACUUGUACAUUUCUAGCCAUCUUUGAAAAGCUAGUCUGGUAAAGAGCUUACUGUCUUAAAGGGGCAGUGUUUUAUUUUGAGACAUGCUUGAAUAAGCUAAGUAGCCAGUAGGCAGAGUGUAGCAUAAUUUGUCUGAUUCUUUGUAAAAAUUGUAUGGGAAUAAUAAUUAAUUGUAUUUUGUAAAGUCGUUCUUGCAUCAAACAACACAACAAAAUAUUUAGUCACCUCCUUGUCUGAUAAACCGGUUAAUGUCAAGCCCUGCGUGUUUUUUUCAAAAGUCUCACACAUUGGCUGCUACUGUAGGCUGAAUGAUAGAACCGCUAUUUCCAUGUUCAAAUGUUAUGUGAUGCAUUUUCUACAUUGUUGUUUUAUGGUAGGCCACUCUGGUAGGCCUACAUUAUGAUCAAAUAGCCACAGUAGCCGACAUGGCCACUGUUAAAACAGUAAAUUAAAGCGGGUACAGCCUCAGUGUUCACAGUAAACGCGUGCCUGAAGUUGCACAGAAAUUUCACAAGGUAAAAGUUUACGCUCAGCAGACCUGAAAUUAGCUCGGUGCCGAAAAAUAUUAGAGGGAACAUUGGUUAUAACAUAAUGGGUCGCACUUGGCUCCAUCAGUUUUAGUUUUACAUCCCUAUAUAAAAAUUGCAAAAAAGUUCAAAUGGUUGAGUGACAGGUUGGCACAAAAAAAAUCUAUCUCCGCUGCGCUGUCAGUACAAUGGACAGAGCUCGCCGCGGUGUGUGUGUGUGUGUGGUAUCUCCCGAGUGGCGCAGUGGUCUAAGGCACUGCAUCGCAGUGCUAGCUGUGCCACUAGAGAUCCUGGUUCGAAUCCAGGCUCUGCUGUAGCCGGCCGCAACCGGGAGACCAAUGGGGCGGCGCACAAUUGGCCCAGCGUCGUCCAGGGUAGGGGAGGGAAUGGCCGGCAGGGAGGUAGCUCAGUUGGUAGAGCAUGGCGUUUGCAACGCCAGGGUUGUGGGUUCGAUUCCCACGGGGGGCCAGUAUGAAAAUAAAAAAGAAUAAUGUAUGCACUAACUGUAAGUCGCUCUGGAUAAGAGCGUCUGCUAAAUGACGUAAAUGUAAAUGUGUAAGGGGGCUAUGGAAAGCCACUGGGGUGGUUAGGUAUGACUCCUUUGGGUUUCCAUAAAAAGCGGAAAAAAAUGCUUCUCAUCUCUGUGGUAGGCUAAAUGAAUAACGUGAUACUUGUAAUAUUUGAUUUUGAUACAUAAGGGCGGGGUCAAGUUUAGCAGUCAUGUUGGAGGCAAACUGUCUCUUUCCUGCUCCUCUGAUGUUCCUAUGGGCGGCGGUCUGCAGGAGUGUCUGACCUAUGAUGGGAUGUGUACGGUUUUCCUCCCGACAUUGACUGACACUGAAUUGAUUAUGACUGAGCUCUCUCCGGUGCAUGGAGAGGGUGUGCUCUGACCCUUUACCCAUGCUUGGAGAGAAAAUGAAUGCGCCGCAAAUGUUCCUGGGUGUGGAACGGAACUUGUGUCACUGCUGGGGGGUCAGAAGACAACCCGUGUCCACUGUGCGUCAUUCGGGAGAGAAUGCUAACCUUACCUGCUUAAACAAAGGCCCAUGCGGUCAGGUUUGUGCCUUAAGAUCACCAAAAGGUUAGUGGACAGUGUUUAGGGGCAAAGUGUUCAUCUGCUAUGAUGUUCCUUUAUUUGCGCCACCAACCUACAUUCACCAAAUGUACAUACCAUGUUGGUCAAUAUGUAUAAUGUACCCAUUGCUUGUUUGGAAUGUGCCAUUCUGCCUUUCUGUCACAUGUCCAUUAGUUUGGAUAGUGUGUGCCUUUUAAGGGGGGUGGUUAGAAAUAGUGAACCGUAAUGAAUUCAGUUUUAAGGAAAAUUACCACUGCUACGUCCUGACAAUGUUUGCGGUUACUGCUUAUGUGUGAAGAACAUGUCUCGAGCAUAAUUAAUAAUGUCGAGACCAGAAUAAGGGGAGGGGUAUGUGGUGAAGGCGUGCUAUAGGCAUGUCUCUGUCCACUAUUGGGAACUGACUCCUGCCAAUUUGUGUGCACUAUUUGUUUCAUUGUGUCAAUUGUUUGUCAAUUUGUAUCAAUGCCUUGUGAAAUAUACACUGAACAAAAAUAUAAACGCAACAUGCAACAAUUUCAAAGGUUUUACUGAGUUGCAACUCAUGCGGAAAUCAGUCAAUUUAAAUAAAUUCAUGAGGCCCUAAUCUAUGGAUUUCACAUGACUGGGAAUACAGAUAUGCAUCUGUUGGUCACAGAUACCUUUUUUUUUUUUUAAGUAGGGGCAUGGAUCAGAAAACCAGUCCGUAUCUGGUGUGACCACCAUUUGCCUCAUGCAGCGCGACGCGUCUCCUUCACAUAGAGUUGAUCAGGCUGUUGAUUGUGGCCUGUGGAAUGUUGUACCACUCGUCUUCAAUGGCUGUGCGAAGUUGCUGAAUAUUGGCGGGAGCUGGAACACGCUGUUGUACACGUCAAUCCAGAGCAUCCCAAACAUGCUCAAUGGGUGACAUGUCUGGUGAGUGGUGGUGAUGAGGUUAUGGCAGCAGAUUAAUGGCACCACAUUGGGCCUCAGGAUCUCAUCACGGUAUCUCUGUGCAUUCAAAUUGCUAUUGAUAAAAUGCAAUUGUGUUUGUUGUCCAUAGCUUACGCCUGCCCAUACCAUAACCCCACCACUACUAUGGGGCACUCUGUUCACAAUGUUGACAUCAGGGACCGUUUCUGACUGUUUGUGCAGAAAUUCUUUGGUUGUGCAAACCCACAGUUUCAUCAGCUGUCCGGGUGGCUGGUCUCAGACCAUCCCGCUGGUGAAGAAGCCGGAUGUGGAGGUCCUGGGCUGGCGUGGUUACACAUGGUCUGCGAUUGUGAGGCCGGUUGGACGUAAUGCCAAAUUCUCUAAAAUGACGUUGGAGGCGGCUUAUGGUAGAGAAAUGAGCAUUAAAUUCUCUGGCAACAGCUUUGGUGGACAUUCCUGCAGUGAGCAUGCCAAUUGCAUGCUCCCUCAAAACUUGACACAUCUGUGGCAUUGUGUUGUGUGACAAAACUGCACAUUUUAGUGGCCUUUUAUUGUCUCCAGCACAAGGUGCACCUGUGUAAUGAUCACUGCUAGAAGGCUCCUAUUUUAUGCUGACACAGCGCAGCGGAGAUGCAUUAGGCUACAGAUUUUGCGCCAACCUCAAUGAAGCACUCAAUGAACUUUGUUUGUGGUAUAAGCAGAAUUCAAUAUAAAUCCAAUGCAAGAACCCCCAAAAAUUGGGCCCCCUCACCGAUUUCAACUACCCCCCCUUAGUCACUUAAUCCUGGCGCCGGGUCUGGUAUGGAUAAGGCUUGGAGUUUCUGGUCAGGUCACACGGUCAGAAUAAACUCCUGGCGAUAGCCAUGAGUUAUAACUAUAUACAUACGUAUGGAUAUACAGUAUAUGGGGUUGUCUUUGACCUUGCUCUGAUUGGCUGUCUCUCCUGUCAGGUGAUAGAGAACUGUCCAGUGACGGGGAUCCAGGUUAGCACAGACGACCUGGGAGUGAAGAGGGUCAAGGCUGUGGAGACCGUCCACGGAACCAUCCAGACCCCCGUUGUUGUAAACUGUGCAGGUUAGUCAGUCGUCUAUCUCAGUGAUUCCUAACCUUUUUUGUUUACUGUACCCCUAAUUACAUUUUGCUCUAUCCGGAGAACCCACAAAGUACCCCCUCGUGCAUUUUACCAGCAGGCCUAUGAUCUGGGCUCUAAUCAAGCAUCUUGUAAAAUAUAUUGUUAUUUAUUUUGCUCUUUUGCACCCCAGUAUCUCUAUUUGCACGUAAUCUCUUGCACAUCUAGCAUUCCAGUGUUAAUGUGGUCCUCUGUAGCUCAGCUGGUAGAGCACGGCGCUUGUAACGCCAAGGUAGUGGGUUCGAUCCCCGGGACCACCCAUACACAAAAAAAAAUAUGCAUGCAUGACUGUAAGUCGCUUUGGAUAAAAGCGUCUGCUAAAUGGCUUAUUAUUAUUAUUAUUAUUAUUAUUAUUAUUAUUAUUAUUAUUAAUACUAAUUGUAAUUAUUUUGCACUAUAGCCUAUUUAUUGCCUUACCUCCAUAACUUGCUACAUUUGCACACACUAUAUAUAUUUUCUGUUGUAUUUUUUUUUACUAUGUUUUUUUUACCCCAUAUGUAACUCUGUGUUGUUGUUUUUAUCGCACUGCUUUGCUUUAUCUUGGCCAGGUCGCAGUUGUAAAUGAGAACGUGUUCUCAACUGGCUUACCUGGUUAAAUAAAGGUGAAAAAAAUAAAAUAAUUCUGGACGCUGAAAUCACUGAACCAUUACAAAAAGCCCUUAACAAGAAAUAGAGUUGAUUUGGACGGACCAUUGAUGAGUAGUUAGUUAUUUAGGAUGAAAGGUAAUUUGUAGAUCAGUGAUGCUGCACAGUCCGACUGCAAUGUAGUUGAUCUUAAGCACGUACUGUCUCUCUCUUUGCUCUGUCAGGAGUGUGGGCCACUAAGCUGGGUGAGAUGGCAGGAGUCAAGGUGCCACUCAUCGCCAUGCACCAUGCCUACGUCGUGACAGAGAGGAUCGAGGGCAUCCAG